AGACGCCAAUCAAUCAUUAGAGACGACCAACACGUAAUACAAUGCCACGAGCAGCCGGCAACAGACCUACAUUUUGACCAUAAUUCAAAAUGGAAUAAUCAUACAAAUAAUCAGACAAACAAAACUAUUGGACGAUGUUGCCAGCGUCCGGUUUCUUUGCCGAAGUGGUCUGCCCUUUCCGACGUGGACUUUGUGAGAGGCCGCACUGUUUGUACAAGCAUGAGGAACAGGUCCGAGAGAUGUUUGCUGCUUCGAUGAAGCCGGUUGGCCUGGCUGAUUUUCAAGCAGGAAUCCCAAACUAUCCCCCAACUGAGAGCAGUGAAUCCCUCCAGGAGUUGGCUCGUAUCAACAAGGAGAUUGAGGACGUGAAGAGCGAGGUGGAGAAGGAGCAGAGGAGGCUGUCCCGCUACCAGACGGAGACUAAUUGCAAACAUGAAAACGGGGAUGGUUAUAAACCGUCGUCGCACAGACGCACGCCAAAGCUCUCAUCCCAAGCAGGGAAAUACGUGGUGGAUAACUCCAAACCAAGGACGGAUCUGGAAUAUGACCCUUUGUCCAACUUCUCUGCAGAUCUGCGGUCUUACAGUUCGUCAGGCAAAGAUCAGAAGGAUAAAGCUGGGGUCAAAAGGGCAAGAGAGGUUUCCUGUAGUGAUGGUCACAACCUUCAGUCAGCCAGCAGGGAGGCUUACCCCAUGCUGGAGAACGACCUCCAACAGGAAGGGGACCUCGUCAUCGACAUCCCAUCCUCCCCGGAUUUAAAAAAAAGCAAAGUUCAUGAUGUCAUUGAAAAUCAAUCGAUGGUGGCAGAACCGGACCGGAGCUCCCCUCACAACGAGGUUGACCACACACCAACACACACUUCACACUCUGAGUCUUCCCAGGGUGAGUCCUCUUCUGUUGUACUGAUAGAAUCAGACAAGGCGGUCCAUAGACGCCGAAGUCAACCCAUUGACAUGUUUGACGGCUUGUCUAAAUGUUUGGAAGACUUGCGAAGUGAGAACCAGAGGAUGGCUGGCUCCCACGCGGAUUCCGCUGGGGAGGAGAGGAGGAGCAGUUUGGAUGGAUGUCACUUUGAGGACGCUCGGCCCACUGUCGAGUUCAGUGAGAUCUCCAUAACAACGAUGCCGCCUCAGGCCUACGCUGACAAGAUGGCCUAUCCAGCGCAGUCCAACCGUGAUCCACAUCCUGCUCCCUCAGUCUUCUACCAUCUCACGACCCUGACCGUAGAACCUCCAACCAACACGGCCCAACACUACUGGUCCCCGACCAAUAGUGUGCCCACAGUUGUGCCGUGUGGACAGGCGCACACGGCCACCCCUCCCUCGCCAUCAGGGUCCUCAGACGGGGACCACAGCUGCCCUUGGUACAGGACGUCAGAGUCCAAUGUCCAAUCACAUUUACUGUCCCCCCAAACCCCUCCCCCCACGGAGUACCCACCUGGCAGCCCAUCGGGGGAAGGGAAGGUCACCCUCAUCGAGUCAAGCUCUGGGGAGUCGGCCACAGAGAACCUCCACUACUCGGACAUGGAAAUGUCGGACAGCGACCCCAUGGAGGAGUGUUAUCGGAUCUUCAUGGAAGCCAACGAGGCGGAGAAGGGGGCCCAGCCCCCCGCGCCCCCAGUCCCACUGACCGGGAACGGGGACGAGCAGACAGAGUUGGAGACGUCCGUGGUAGAGGAAAAGCCACAGGCCCUAUCUUCGCAGAAAAGGGUGGCCCACAUCCCCAGACGUCCAGAGCCGGUUGCUGUGGUUAGACCUCGGCCCAAGAUUCCAGUUCCCCUGCGGGGGGGGGCCUCUGGGCCCCAGCUUCCCCACCAUCCCAAGGUCCUGCAGUUACAGCAGAGGGCCACGCCCCUCACUGCCUCUGUGAAUGCCCAGUCUACACAUCAGAGGAGGCCCGAGUCCGGAGCCCCGGUCCACCCCUCUCAGAUCCAGCUCCCGGUCUCCGUGCAGAGUGCGUACAUGAGCUGCAUCCCAGUGGGCAACGCUUUGAUCCAGGUGGGCAACAACCUGCAUUUCAUCCUACCUGAGGGCUCCUACCCGCUGCCCCUCUCAUCCAUGGCCAGCUCGGUGUCCACGGUGCUGACGCCCAUCAGCGCCGUCAGCAACAACGGCCUGCAGUCCUUCCAGCUAUCCGCCGUCACGCCGGUGCACCGGUACCGCCCGGACCCCUCAGCCCCGCUCCACAUGGUGGGCAACAUGUCCCUGCUGCCCUCGGUCUCCGCCCUUGGCCACACGGGCCUGGGCACGCCGUCCGGACCCCAGGGGGCCCUCCAGGUUCCUCCCAAGCCUUUGACCAAGCGUAAGGUGAAGCAGCGAUCCGAGAGGGUCAAAGACAAAGUCCCCCAUGAUGUGCGACAGCGCUACGUGAACAUGUUCACUGAGGAGUUCCUCAAGACCUCUCCCACCGUCAAAGACUCCUUUGAGAAGGCACUGGCAGAGGAAAGGACCGUUUAUAACCGCAGUGCCAACAAAUUGAAAUAUCUGAGUGUUGCUGUAAAUGCACUGAAGAGGAUGAAAAACCAGAGUGCUGUUCCUACCAAAGAUGAAAACGAGAUGAGUGGCAAGAGAGCAAAGGGGAACAUUCCCCUCAACAUGAGCCUGCUUGUAGGACGCGGGGACGCUGUGCUGUAUGAAAGCUUAAAGGAGUACAUCAUGAACGAGGAGAAGCUGAUCGAGCACAACUACCCUCUGCAGAACCCUGAGCGGCCGGGCAGCGCAAUCCUGUUUGCAGACAAUAAGAAGACAGUCAAUGACCCCCUGAAGAGGAUAUGCUGUCGCUGUGGGGCAACGUACUCUGUGAGCAAAACAGGGAAGCACACUCGCAAGGAGGAGUGUAACUACCACUACGGCAAAGGAGUCGAAAAGAAAGUACCUGGAGGAGAUGAGACGCGCUACAGCUGCUGUGAAGGAGUGAUGGGAGCACCAGGGUGCCAAGUGUUCAGACUACACGUCCACGAUGCGGUGGACAUGAAUGGUUUUGUCUCCUCCCGCCCGAGAGAGGACCCUGAGAGGAGCUGUCCGGGGGUCUACUCUCUGGACUGUGAAAUGUGUUACACCACCCACGGGCUAGAGCUGUCCAGAAUCACGGUGGUCAACUCUGCUCUGCAUGUGGUGUACGACACGUUCGUCAAACCCGGUAACGACGUGGUCGACUUCAACACCAGGUUCUCUGGCAUCUCGGAGAAGGACCUGAAAGAGGACUGUCCCUCCGUGGGCGAGGUCCAGCAGACCCUGCUGCGCUUCGUUUCAGUGGACACCAUCCUGGUGGGACACGGCCUGGAGACCAGCCUCUGUGCCCUGAAGUUUCUCCAUGGGACUGUGGUGGACACCUCAGUGCUGUUCCCUCACCGCAUGGGGCCCCCCCACAAGCUGACCCUCAACAACCUCACUGCGGACUACCUCCGGAGAAUCAUCCAGGACAGCGUCUGUGGCCACGACACCGCGGACGAUGCGGCCGCCUGCAUGGAGCUGGUGCUGUGGAAGAUGAAGGAGGACGGAAAGGGCAGGAAAUGGUGAUUGUGGGAAAUAAAGAAAUGUUAGGGUUUGAGUCCAUGAGACGACUUGGAGCGACGCGAACUGCCUCUAGCUGCUGUGUCGGACUCUGUCAUGAGCUGACUGCCUUUGUUUGUUUUUGAGUUAUUCGUUAAGAUUUGAGCGUGAGAAUACUGCAUGUUUAUAAGAAAUUAUUUUUAUUACUUUAAGUUCAGGCAGAAUUAUUAGUUUAUUAAAUUGCUUUUUGGUUUGCAGUACUUUAUUUCAUGCGCUUGUGAAUAUUGUUGUGGGGGCACUUGGUGUUGUGGAAACCUAAGGGUUGGGGUCUGAAUGUUUAAGAAAAUAAAAGCACUUGUUGAA